GCGAUGCGCCGGCGGGUGAAAGGGACGGUGUAAUGCAAGUUACGUUUCCGUCUGCGGGUCCCUGGAGCGCCAGCUCAUCUCCAGCUCAUCUCCAGCUCAUCUCCACAUAACGGUUCGGUAUCUCCCGGGCGGGCCCGUUAUUACAGGCGGAAAGGGCGGAGAGACAGAGACGGGGGGGAUGCAUGCACAGCGCCUCGGCGAGCAAGGGCGUUGAGACGCGGCUCUGCGCGACCAGCUGAGCGCAGAUAUUUUGCGGGCGUCGCUCCACCGUGGGCGAGGAUGCGUACAGAUAUGCGCUGGGGGCGCCUUUGAUGGCACCGGGGAGCUGCGAACGCGGGGACGUCGAAAGCCGUCGCUUCUUCCGAGGUGAAAUGGUGGGGUGAGCGCGCAGCAUCUUCUUCGCCCCUGGAUAACGAUACGCGCGCUGCAGUUGGGCAAAUUCAGCAGAGGUCUCCGCUCGUGGGAGUGAAUGCCAAACGGCGCCGAGCGCGCGCGCGCGCGCUAGGCAAUAGCACCGGCAGCGUACAAGUGGAGAUUUAAGAGAGAAGGCGAGGGCACGCUCUGGUCCUGCAGCCUGAGUCUGUCCGUCACGCAGCUCGCUCCUGGUAGCCCGCGGUGCGCUCCGAAACCCUGCGCGACGGAGAAGGAAAAGUGCGCCUAUUUCUGCCAUCAUGCACGCACACGUUUGUUUGCAUUCGCUCUAAAGAUAAAAGCCUUCAGAGUUAACACUGCGCUGCCAGCCGUGUCGGCACCGAGGGGGAGAGACCCCAGCAUCGAUACCACCACCAAACUGCGAGCUGCGCUCGGCGGAUUUUGGAGAGGGAAAAGCCUGCUCCGCGUGUCGUGACAACUCCCGGCUUCCAGUACUGAAUCUGUUCGGUUAGCCAAGGAAAGGCAACAUGGGAGAGCAGCCAAUCUUCAGUACCAGAGCCCAUGUCUUCCAGAUUGACCCCACUACUAAAAAGAACUGGGUCCCCACCAGCAAGCACGCGGUCACCGUCUCUUACUUUUAUGACAGCACCCGUAACGUCUAUCGCAUCAUCAGUCUGGACGGAUCCAAGGCCAUUAUCAACAGUACAAUCACACCCAACAUGACGUUCACCAAGACAUCGCAGAAAUUCGGCCAGUGGGCAGACAGCCGGGCCAACACCGUCUAUGGGCUUGGCUUCUCCUCCGAGAGUCACCUGAGUAAAUUUGCGGAAAAGUUUGCGGAGUUUAAGGAAGCCGCCCGGUUAGCGAAGGAGAAGUCUCAGGAGAAGAUGGAGUUGACCAGUACCCCUUCCCAGCUCUACCUGCAUCUGAGCCAAGCCUGCAGAGCUGGUGCUUACCUGGCUAAGGAAUCGGCCACAGGUGAACUCCAGUCACCUUUAACCCCGGAGAGUAUCAACGGAACGGAUGACGAACGAGUCCCACGUGACGCCUCUCUGAACUCGGAACCGCGAGCGGAGCCCAACACGGUCCCCUUUCCUCACAGCAGCUCAAGUGCCAUCAAUAAACACUGGGAGGCCGAACUUGCCGCCCUGAAGGGAAACAAUGCCAAGCUAACGGCAGCGUUGCUCGAAUCUACGGCCAACGUCAAACAGUGGAAGCAACAGCUGGCUGCCUACCAGGAGGAGGCAGAAAGACUACACAAACGGGUGACGGAGCUGGAGUGUGUAAGCGGACAGACGGCAGGCAUCAAAACGCAGAAAACGGAGCUAAAUCAGACAAUUGAAGAACUGGAGGCGGCGCUGAAGGCCAAGGAGGAGGAGCUCGAAAGAUUAAAAGCCGAAGUUGAGCGCGCCAGCGAGCUACAGCUACAGAAAGAUGCGGUCAGUCAGAAACUCCAGGAAACAGAAACACGGAAUGCAGAGCUGGAAGCUCAGCUGGCCGGGCUGGAGCAGCGGGUGGAGACCAGUCAGGUGGAGCAGGAAUCUUUCCGGAAGAGUCUGCGCUCGCUCCUCGAGCUCCUGGAUGGCAAGAUCUUCGAACUGACCGAGCUGCGAGACAGCCUGGCCAAGCUCAUUGAUGGCAGUGGCAGCUAGAGCGCCCUCCGGUGGAGAAAACUGACCUUAAAACGCGCGCACACGCACACACACACAUAUACCUACACACACACUCGCACGCACGUAUGCACACACACACACGCACACACACGCGCGCGUGCACAGGGAUAUGAGAUGUUAAUUUACAUGUAGACGCUGUGCAGUGUGGAGAGAAACGUAGCUCUCUGCACAGACGUGAACACACACAGAUGUUCACAGGUGCCUGCACAUAUAUAGAGGGGCUUUACAGAUACACACACUCGACAUAUAAAGACCUAGUUGGGAUUUCAACCUGAUGUUCUGUUUCAUUUCUUCAUUACUACAAGCAUCUCUUUACAAACACUUAUGGACACAUAAAGAAGCAUCUCAGAUCUUUAUGGUUUCGUUUCUUUUUAAAAACCAGGAAGCAUUCCACAUGAAGAGGACAGACACAGGACACAAUCAUCCAGCUUCCGUUGCAGUGCUGAGUACGGUCCAGGGGGGCGGGGGUUUCCGAGCCGACCUCUGAAGACUACGCCGUAGAUUUACAUACGAACGCCCUGCGUAAUCAGGUUUUAUGAGUCCUAUGAAGAUGUGCAGCACCGCUACCCUUCCAACCAAUUUGGUGAUGCGUGAAUAGUUGAUUUGAUGUGGUGCGGCUACAUGGUGUUGCGGGGUGAAGGGGGUAGUUACGCCUCAUGGGAAAGGCUUGGUUGGCUGUUUGUCUCUCAACAGCUGGACAUUUAUGGGGGACACACGUGUUCAAACACUCAAAGUGGAUGGAUCCUUUCUCUGCUCCGAAGCUACACUCUAAACACACAAACCUGCUAACCAUUGACUCAGUGUCUUUUAUAUACAUCUGGCAUCCCUUGCAAGAGACUUUUGUUUUAUUUUGGAGGGGCUUUUAAUUUCAGGUCCCUACUUUGUCACCUAGAGGACCUCACAAAUGGGGACAUUUGUCUCCGCCCGAACACAUCCUAAACGGGGACGUCAUCCUUCCACUAUCCGAGCAAUACAAAAAAAAAAAAAAAAAAGACAGAAAAAAGAGGAGUGAGACAAGAAAAACAAAACAUCUCACUAUCAGGUAUUCUACUUCCCUCUUCUGAGAGAGGUGAUGAUGUAUGCGAACACACAAACACAAAACACUUGACACGUGCUUGUGGGGGGGGACAACAGGUCCAGUCAGCAGUGACGCUCGUGCAUUUCUAUACAUUUUUCUAACAUAUAAACACGACAGGUUUAUAGUGCACUUGUGAAAAUGGAACUCACGAGAGUUGGGUGGAUUUAAAGGUCUUUGGGUUGUUUGUUGGUUUGUUUGUUUUUGAGGUGCAGUGGUUGAUAUGGCACUGUAUAAUUCCUGGUUAUUUAUUGUAAAACUAUAUUCUAUUCACAGAUCUUGAAUUAAUUUAACUAUUAUUUUGAGGAGAAGUAUUUUCAUCGACCUCAGACGAAUUUUGCUUUUGCUUUUUUUUAUUGUGUGUGGUAAAAGAAUAUUAUGGCUGUUUUUUAUGUGAAGAAAAAAACUGGCAAUAUUUUUAAAACUGUUUAAAACUAUUUAAAGGGAAAUGGUACAGACACUUGUCCAAAGCAGGUGGAACUUUGCAGAGAGGUGUGUUUUUUGCCAAAUAUAUGUUUUCCUGUACAGAUUAACUUGAUCAAGUUGCCUUUGGUACAACAAAUGCAUCAAUGGUAGCGAUGGUACUUUUGUGGAGUUUACUUUUGCCAAAAAUCUGUGAUCAUGUAUAAUGCCAUACACUAACAGUAUACGUACACCUGAAGAA